AUGGCGUACUACCAAGUGCGGUCCAGCGCCUCGGCCCACUUGGGGUCUGGAGCAGAGCUCAGAGUCCUCCGGCUGCAGCCUCCCCACUCAUCACCCCGCGCAAGGGAAACCCGAGGGUGUCCUGGGCACCACGCGGGGCUGCGCAGGGCCGCACGCGGCAACGUCACAGAAGUCAGGGUUUGGCUUCAAAUCUUCCCUAGUUUGGAAUGGCUUUUAGUGGACCCGAAUGCGGUAACUGUUGGUGACAGAACAAUGAGUCGCUGGCCAAGCCUCGUCUGUAACACCCGCAGGGGUGAUUAUCACUGCCAGCCACCACCCCUAUGUCCCGUGGACCUGACCCUUCCUCCCCGCGCCUUCCGACACCUGAGCGUGCCUAAGGCACCAUCUGCCCUUCAGAACAGUCGCCGGGCAGUUGAAGAUCAGCUAAAGAUAUAUGGCCACAAGAGGGAUGCUGAUGUCUUUGAGUUGUUUCUUUCUAAGAAGCAACUGACAGAGGUCAUGGAUCUUUCUAGGUUUAAAAACUUAAAAUACUUAUGGCUUCAUCGUAACAAGCUCCAUGGAAUAACAUUUCUAACUAGAAACUAUUGUUUGUCAGAACUAUAUCUAAACAACAAUGAAAUAUUUGAUCUAGAAGGCCUGCACUGUUUGCCUUCCUUGCACAUUCUCCUGCUACACCACAAUGAGUUAAAAAACAUUGAUGCAACAGUGAAGGAAUUAAAGGGAAUGCUCAAUCUAAAAAUCCUAACUCUAUACCAAAACCCUUUGUGCCACUAUAACCUGUACCGUUUAUAUGUAAUCUACCACCUUCCAGGAGUGGAGAUGUUUGACCGAAAUUAUGUUACAGAAAAAGAAAGAAGAUCAAUGAUUACUAUAUUUAACCAUAAUAAAGCUCAUGUCAUUCAAUCAAUGGCAUUCGGAAGAAAAAUAGAUGCUUCAUGGGAUCCUAGAUCACCAUUUAAGCAAAAACCAUCCCACAGGGCAUCUUCAGAUUUUGCUUUUGCGGAUAAUGUAGACAAAACUGUGUUUGAUAAUCCAGAAGAUGCUGUUUUUGUAAGGUCCCUGAAGAGAUCAGUGAUGGUGAUUACCUCUCUGAACUGGGAUACAGUUCCAACACGAGAGGAAAAGUACCUUGAAGAGAACCACGCAAAACCCACUCAAAUUCUCACAAUUAAACUGAGAUGAUCCUUGGUGUUUCUAGUGGUUUUCAAGUGUAUAGUAAAAUUCCCUGUGGCU